AUGGGACCCCGGGGUCGGCUCCCCAGCACCGCGCUCACCUGCUGCGCCCUCAGGUCCGGCCCGCAGAGCCCGCUGUGCCCGCCGUGCCCGCCCGCGCCGCUCAGCAUGCGCCCCCCGCGCAGCCUCCUCCUGGUAGUCCCUCUGGUCCUCCUCCACCACCUCAGCUGGGCCAGGAACCUCCCCGCCACAGCCCCUGCAGGCCCUGGACCCUUCCCCUGCCUCGGCCUCGCCCAGAACCUGCUGAAGGCGGUCAGCAGCACGCUGCACAAGGCCAGACAAACGUUAGAACUUUACUCCUGCACUUCUGAAGAGAUCGAUCAUGAAGACAUCACAAAAGAUAAAACCAGCACCGUAGAAGCCUGCCUUCCACUGGAAUUAACCAUGAAUGAGAAUUGCCUGGUUUCCAGGGAGGUCCCUCUCAUAACUAAUGGGAGUUGCCUGGCCUCCAGCAAGGCCUCUUCUAUGACGACCCUGUGCCUCAGUAGCAUCUAUGAGGACUUGAAGAUGUACCAGGUGGAGUUCAAGGCCAUCAAUUCAAAGCUUCUGAUGGAUCCUCAGAGGCAGAUCAUUCUGGAUCAAAACAUGUUGGCAGCUAUGGAUGAGCUGAUGCAGGCCCUGAAUCUCGACAGUGCGUCUGUGCCACACACCGGCCCCGUGGAAGAACUGGAUCUUUACAAGACGAAAGUCAAGCUCUGCAUCCUUCUCCACGCGUUCCGCACCCGCGCAGUGACUAUCGACAGGAUGAUGAGCUAUCUGAAUUCUUCCUAA